AUGGACAUCUACAUCAACGCCAUGCACGAAGAAGUCGAGAAUUUGACGAGCUCGCUCAAGAUGUUUUGUCAGCCUCAUAAACUGGCAGGUCACAACCCUGCGUGUAGACUUGCCGGAGUCGGAAAUCCCGAGCCUGAAACGUCGUGCCAAUUGAAGCCACAUAUCGGCUACACUAUGCCAGCCGAUCAUGAUGUCAAGGACUGGUCAUACAAGCUCGUUUCUCAACUCUUUACACAGGCUCUGUGUCCGAUCAGCAAAAGUGCAACUAUCCCGCCUGCUCAUGUCAUUGCUACCGGAAUCGAUCAGUCUCCUUUGUAUCUCGCUUUCGGCAUGGAAGGGUCCGACGACAAGUCAUACCCUUGGGAAAUUGACGUCUCUUAUCCGCCCUCUUUGAAGCCAGACGGAAGGCAGACCGAAGCCACAUCCACUAGCGCAACUAUUCGCAUCAGAGAGGUACCUUUGUCCAUCGCGCUGCAGUCUGAGCAUCUCUCUCUAGUGGGCUGUUGCGACGCUACGCUCGACAUUACUGCCACCAUUGUGGCCCUUUCAGGGCAUGUGACCAUCGAACAUGGCGAAUUGGAAAUGUGGUGUUAUUGGGAAAGACCUGGAUGCCCUGUCAAGGCUAUUGACAUGUUCAAGCGUACGCCAUUGCGACUUUUACAGCCCAGCAUGCAAAAUGUGCAGCAAAUGAGCGAGGAGGAUGUCAUAUUGCUCGCGCCGAUCAUCGAUGGAGACGAGAUCACACUCGAAGCUAUCAACCGAUCCAUCACUCAGAGCGUCGUCAAAGGCUUGCUCGGGGCUGACUAUGGUCCGUAUGGCCGCUUCUCAUCUCUUGCGCCGGAGACACAUCGAGUAACCGAGACAGCAGUAGAUAUGAGCAUGACCGUCACGAUCGAUAGUCCAAUCGCGCGAGAAGACAGUUCGCCAUCGCUCGUACACCGAUUUGAAGAACUCAAGCGCGACGCAAUACUCGAGCCAGAUAAGUCGCGCAGCAGUCUCUUCUCGCUCAACCGCUACAAUCUUGCGCGUCUCUGGUCUCUGCGAGGCUAUGCCAAUGCUGCUGCUUUGAUUCUCAUGCUGCUUGGCUUGCUGUUCACGUUUUUGGGCUAUCCUCUAUAUGAUGGCUUUACGCGUACUGGCUCGCCUACCUAUGGCUUCAAUCUCGGCAAUGUCAAUGCUUCAGGCCAAGUACCGUCUUUGCCAUAUUCACAUCAUUUGAUCGAUCGGGAUACACCAAAGACUGCUCAGCAUCGUAUUGGCUACGAUGGUCGUCCCUACAAUCUCAUUUUCAGUGACGAGUUUAACACGGAUGGGCGAACAUUCUGGCCGGGCGAUGAUCCCUUCUGGGAAGCAGUGGAGCUCUACUACCACGCAACAGGCGACAUGGAGCGUUACGAUCCAGACGCAGUCACAACCAAAGAUGGUCACCUCAGGAUUACAAUGACUCGCACGCCCGCUGGUGGGUUGGAGUAUCGAUCUGGUAUGCUGCAAUCAUGGAACAAGUUUUGCUUCACAGGCGGCUACAUCGAGGUGUCGGUCUCGCUGCCCGGGCAGCCACAGGUUUCUGGAUUAUGGCCGGGGGUGUGGACGAUGGGCCAGCUGGGUCGGCCAGGAUAUGGCGCGACAACAGACGGUGCGCUCACGUACAACGCUUGCGAUGUUGGCACGCUGCCUAAUCAGACUUUGCCUGACGGCAGUGGGCCUGCAGGCGCUUUGACAGGAGCGGGCGGAUCUUCAGUCUCUUCCCUGCCAGGCCAGCGAUUGUCCGCUUGCACAUGCCCGGGAGAAGAUCAUCCCAAUGUCGGUCAGGGAAGAGGCGCACCCGAGAUUGAUGUCCUCGAAGCACUCACAACAACUCGCGAAGGAAGAUCGUAUGGUUCAAUAUCCCAAUCUGCGCAGAUUGCUCCCUUUGAUCCGAACAAUGAUUGGAGCUCAGAAGGCGUACGAGUCAUGAACGCCUCUGCUACCGUUGUGAACUCCUACCAUGGCGGAGUCUACCAAGAAUCGAUCAGUGCAAUCUCGGAAAUCGACCAGAAUACAUACAGCGGUCAAGCGUUCGGCACGUUUGCUUUCGAAUAUACACCUGGUUCACAAGGCAGCAUCACUUGGGUGGCCGACGGCACUCCGACUUGGCAAGUCACUUCAAGUGCGAUUGGUCCUAGCCCGAUCGUGAAUAUCUCCCAGCGUGUCAUAUCAGAAGAACCCAUGUCCAUCGUCAUCAAUCUCGGCAUGUCGGAGACUUUCCAAUAUGUUAACACCGCUGCUCUCGAGUUUCCUGCAGUCCUACUUGUUGAUUAUGUCCGUGUAUACGCUCCGGCAGGCCAAGAGAAGAUUGGCUGCAGUCCAGACGACCAUCCAACAGCGCAUUAUAUCCAGUCGCAUCUCAACGCUUACACAAACGCAAAUCUUACGACAUGGAAGCAAGCAGGCUACAGUUUUCCCCGCAACUCACUUGUCGCACCAUGCUAG